AUGAGCGACUCUCAAAGCGUUUCUUCCUCCGAUGAUUCUGGUUCUGUCGCCACCGGUCAACCGAACGUCGGGCGGAGCCGGCUAAGUGCAGCUGGUAGUAAUUCACUGUCUCCGGGUUUGGCUCUAGAGGCUACACGCCAUUGGCGGGAUGUGUUCUGGCUAGGUAUAUUUGUGUUGCAUUUGAUUGUGCUAGGUCUUACUCUUGGGGCACUGGGUUUUAAUAGAUUUAAGGAAGAGGACAGGCUUAACAUUGAUAGGUACACGACUGGAUUUCUUGAGAAUCAAGCGGGAUUAACUGAGAAUUAUUGGCCCUUGUAUGCUGUUGCCUGUGGAGUCGGGUCACUUCUUGGGUGGACUUGGUUGUUGUUGCUUGGUUCAAAAGCGAAUCAGAUGAUGAAGGUUUCUGUGCACAUAUUGACCACUUAUCUCGCUGUUAUUAGUGUGUUGUGCUUUUGGAGUGAGCAGUUCUUCUGGGGUGUUGCGUUUGCUGUUGGUGCUGCUUUGCAGUUCUUGUACGUCAUAUCGGUCGUAGACAGACUUCCGUUUACCAUGCUGGUGCUGCAAAAGGCUGUGAAGAUGGUAUGGAAUCUUCCUGAAGUUAUGAGAGUAGCAUGUGCAUUCAUGUUAGUCAUGCUUUUAUGGCUAGUUCUAUGGUCCUUUGGAGCUGCUGGUGUUGUAGCAUCAAGCUUGGGUGAUGGUGGACGAUGGUGGCUUCUUGGGGUGUUCUGUGUAAGUUUGUUUUGGACGGGUGCUGUUCUUUGUAAUACUGUUCAUGUUAUAGUCUCUGGAAUGGUGUUUCUUGUUCUCAUCCAUGAUGGCCGACAAGCUGUGUCAAUGCCUCCCAACCCAUUGAUGAAGUCUCUGCGGUAUGCUGUGACAACCUCUUUUGGCAGCAUCUGUUAUGGAUCACUCUUUACAGCUGCUAUUCGGACAUUGCGGUGGGAGAUAAGGGGAUUCAGGUCAAAGAUUUGCGGCAACGAAUGUUUGCUAUGCUGUGUUGAUUUCCUUUUUCAUCUGGUGGAGACUCUUGUUCGGUUUUUUAACAAGUAUGCCUAUGUCCAGAUUGCAGUUUAUGGGAAAAACUUUAAUCACUCAGCUAGAGAUGCUUGGGAAUUAUUCCAGUCAACUGGUGUAGAAGCACUCAUUGCUUACGAUUGUUCGGGUGCUGUCCUCCUGAUGGGUACUCUUUUGGGUGGGCUUAUCACUGGAACAUGUGCUGGAGUUUGGACAAGGAUUAAAUAUCCUGACAGAGUGAUUAUGGUGGGGUCUACUGCCAUGUUGAUGGGAAUGAUCUUGGUCGGAUUGGCAAUGGUCGUGGUGGAAAGUGCCGUUACAUCUAUAUACAUCUGUUAUGCGGAAGACCCGUUGUUAAUACAUAGAUGGGAUGCAGAAUUCUUCAACCAGAUCUCUGAGACACUACACCAACGUCUACAACAUAGAAGUGCACGAGCGAGGGAAGUAUUGACCCGUAGCAGGGUUGAUCUUCACUUGCAAGGAACAAUCUCUGUUUGA